UGUUCUGGUUAUAAGAAUUAGAAAAAGAUGAAAAGUUAAACCAAGAGUAAACGUAUAUUGACAAAUGGAAAUGGGUUUAAUCAAAGUUUGGUCAAAGUCACUCUAAAUAUUUCGCGUGCCUGGCGUCUCCAGUUGUUGAUUUCGCGCGAUGAACGGGGCUUAAGACCCGUGACAGUCGCUGCCUCCCACCGUCGUCGCCCAUCACCGGGAGAGUGGAUCGCGACGCUGCGUGAUUGUUGACAUUUUGCUUUGAAUACCAAUGUAAAUUCGGUUAGCUAUUGACGCCGUCACUCCGCUUCGGAGGUUUGUGGUGACACUUUGAUUCACCAGGUCGAUAAGUGUCAUUCUUCAACUUAUCCUGACCAUGAGCUCGUCGUUAUCCAUGAGCAACGCUGGACCACCAGCCACCGCCACUGGUAUGGAGACAGUGGUGGCGGUCGCUCUGGGUGCACUUGCCGCGGUGUUCCUCGGCGCGCUUCUAGUGCUCCUGGUUAUCUGCCGCAGACAACGCUGCUAUUACAAUCAGAAGGACUCCGCGGAGCUCAGUUCAGACCUGCUCGAGGGAGAGAACAUCACUGGCUUGGGAUUAGACGUGUGGGAGAGCGAAGAGUGGCUAGCGGGUGCUGAAAGGUGGGUAGAUGAUGCCACUGGUUUAGCUCCACCUUGCAUAGCAGUACUCCGAUCUUGUCACGCUCUUGCAGCCAGUCUCACCACCAUCGCCGGAACUGUCAACAGCAAUACCGUUCCGCUAGAGAUAGUGGACGUUGCCCGACGUAUACCACCUCGCGUGGACGACGUUGUUCGCAGUCUGUAUCCACCGUUGGACGCUAGAUUAUUGGAAGCCAGGGUAGCAGCUCUGGUGUUGGCGGUGACCCACUUGGCGCUAGUGACCAAGCAUGGCGUGCCCAAGAAUCAGGCUAGGAAGCUGGCAUUCAUCGAUCAAGCUCUGAAUGACAUGGAUACGCAUCUGCUAGUGCUGAGAAAUGCAGCGCUGGCUCAAGAAGUGGCUUGUUCCAUUCCGGCCUCUACGCCAGUUUGAAUAUAUGUCAAUUGAUUUCGUGACAAAGUCGAAUCUCUCUCUCUCUCUCUCACAGUAUUUGUAAUCAUCAAGUUUAUCUUUAGCUUUGUUCUCAUUGUUACAUCGGCAGCAACGGAAGCUGUAUGUAAUACGGUCACUAGAUUUGUAAAUAGCGUACACGUUGAAUACAUUUUGAGUAUCUGACCAACAAACACGCGAAAAUGGAUCAUAAAUGAUCUCAAGGCACAAAAUGAACUAAAGUUCGAGAUUACUGCAAGGAAAAAACUUGUCAGUGCUUUAUGUCAAUUAUCGUUAUUACUAUAAAAAGAGAAUGCAUAUAAAUAUAUUAGGUGUGUUUGUGUACAUAUGUAUAUAUAUUACACAUACACACACAUAUAUAUAUAUAUCUAAUAUAUACAUAUAUAUACGUACACAGCACAUGUUGAAAGAGUAUCGUGAGGAAUAUAUUUUAAUAAGUUUUUAAAACGCGGUGAAAAUUCGCCAAGAUAUCUCUUGAUAUUUUGACAAUACACAGAGAUAUACAAAAAUGACGUCUUCCAUGUUAUAUUAUCGUAGUUAUUUAUAUACGUACACGAAUAAAAAUGUAUUUUGGGACUAUAUAAUCGAUCGUACCUGCGUAAUGUUUGUACACGUUACAGUUUAUAUUCCUGAAGAUAAUCAAGUUGUUUUAUACUGUAGCAGGAAUUUAUAAUGAAGAUGAUCGUCAAAG